GAAUUGUGUCAAACAAACCUCUGUGCUUCCUCCCCUCGGUCAGGGGGAGUCCGUGCUCCAGCCCCCGAUGCCUACUGCCCAUUGUGGCCGGUAGCCUGUCCGGUUGUCCAGCUGUCCUUCGCGUCCACCACCAAGCCACCCACCUUCCGCCGAGAUGCCCGACAAGAGCCCUCUGGAUCCUAACCAGCCGGUGCUGUAUAUCGAGCAUUGCCGGUACCGCCAGAACUACAGGCGCAUGGCCCUGAAUCUCCACUCUACAUUGGCGGAAGCCCUGAGGGCCAUCCACCCGGCGGUGAAGCUCCAGCUGAGGAUCAACGACAAGGGGAUGCCACAGAUCGGAUCCUUCGAGGUUUCCAUCGCCUCUAACCCCACUGACGAUGCCAAGUCCAGGCAGAGGGUCUGGACGGGCUUGAGGAGGAUGCCCAGUGCUUCCAAGAUUCCCCACGUCGACGAUAUCUUCACCCCCGUUUGCCAUGCUCUUAGGCUGUCGGAUCCCCAAACGGAGUCACAUCGGCGAGUGCUGACCAACCUACGGCACAGCGAAGGCAGCCGGACGAGGAGACAACUCCAAUAAACAAAUUGGUUCGUGUAGUUUCAAGAAACUAAACGGUGUUUUAUCUUUUGGAAAUA